CCAACCAACCGCCGUGCGCUGGCUGCAGAGGGAUAACGUGCAAAUGAAGCAAGGCAAAGACACGAACAUAGCGAACAACGGUUGACCGCGUACAGACACCGAUGGUUUGAGGAGUUUGGCGUAUGCGUUACAUAUUUUGGCAUGUCACUGUGACUCGUUAUUAUUUGAAGAAUACAUAUCUUUAGGACUUCACCUUCAAGGCACAAUUACAUGAGCGUGUGAAGCGGGUGACUAGACAUGGUCUUCUGUCUAACUACCCGAAGAUUUCCUCGAAGGUCUCUUUGGUAAUUCCGUGCGCCAUCACUGAGCAAAAUCCGCGUGAGAAGCAGACAGUCGCUCAGAGUUUGGGACCAGGGAGAUUCCAAAGGAGAGAGGGAACAUUCAUGUUAUUGCUCAGAUCGUUGAAGAACAGCUGUGUGAUGCUGUGGCUGCUGGUCCUUGUCCUGCCCGGGGUAGCAUGCAGUGCCCUGACCCAGAACCUUCUACAGCCAGACAAUGACCACAGAGACGGUGCUGUUGCCGUGACGAACCGGCCCCACAUCUACUACUGCCGCUCGCCCAACAUGGAGGUCUUCACCUGCUGGUGGCAUCCCCUUGACAACAACUCCGAGAGUGACGACAAUAUCACCUACAGCCUCACCUACUCCUUAGAAAAGGGGCCGAGGCGUGAGUGUCCAGACUAUGUAACGGGCGGCCCCAACAGUUGUCACUUUGACAGCGGCCACACAUCCAUCUGGACCAUAUACUGCAUGAACGUGAUGGCCAGGACCUCCCACGGAGUGUUCAGCUCCAAGGACCACUGUCUGGACGUGGCUGAUAUAGUGGAGACAGAGGCUCCGGUUAACUUGACCUACACCCUGUUGAACGAGACGGAGGAGGAAGCUGGCCGCACCGCCAUGGUGUCCUGGGUUUACCCCAAUCCCUCCCACAUCCAGUACGGUUGGAUCACCCUGGUCUUCGAGCUGCAGUACCGACGCAUCGCCGAGCCCAACAACUGGAAGGUGAAGGGCUUGCUGAGAGAGCCUUGUCUGGAACUGCUGGAUCUGCCGGUAGGAGAGUACAUUGUCAGGGUGAGAUGCCGUUCCCGCAACAACGGCCUCUGGAGCAAGGAGCACCCCUGUCCUACUCUGCGUCCCAGUCAAAUCUACCCCGGUAGGGACUCUUAA